UACACAUUUGACAUAUGUGUAUGCGAUGUAGUGUAGUGUUUUUAUUUGUAAUUAUGGUAUCUUUACUCUGUGACGUUUAACGUAGGGACUUGUGUAAAUAACAUUACAUUCCUUGAUGUAAGUGCGGUAUUUAAGUACUUCACUUAUUCUGUGGUGUUUAAUUCACUCAAGAAAGCUUGCUAGCUAAUAACCUUCGUGGAUAUCACUGAAGCCAACCUCAGUCAAGCGUGUGGUCAUGGCAGGACUAUAUAGAGCUCUUUUAACAGCUGCCUCCUCUGUCACAAAGAAUCUGACACAAGGCACAUCAUGUCCACUGAAAGGAGCAUGUCGCACUAAAUUCACCAGGAGCCGCAUCCCUCCACAGGUAUUUGAGGAGCGAUCAAAGGAACAUGAAAAGUAUGGUGGGGAUCCAGAACAGCCUCAUAAACUGCAUAUAGUGACACGGGUUAAAAGCACAAUGCGACGACCCUAUUGGGAAAGGAAGGUUGUAAAGAGUUUGGGUCUUAUGAAGGCACAUGAACCCCGUGUCCACAAGAACACCCCCUCUGUAAACAAUCAACUAAAAAUAAUUAAGCAUCUUGUUAAGAUUCAGCCCCUCAAACUCCCUUAUGGACUACCUGCGGAGGAGGAUAUGGCCAACACCUAUUUGAAUAGCAGAGGGGAGCUGGUAGUGAAACGUCUCCUUAAACCACUUGACCAGAAAGCCAUUGAGUCAUAGGAUUUUUUGACCCACGAUGUGUUUGUCUUUGCUGUUUAAUAAAGUUUCAAAUAACUAAACAUUCCUUUUAAUUUGUACAGUCCCUCAGGUAAUUCAGUACUUGCAUCAUUGAUAUGGUUAGAAAGACAGAAAGAGAACACCCAACAGUUUUCACGACCAUGAUCAGAAGAAUGAGCUUCACAUGUUUAAAAUGAUAGUUUUUAAUGAGUCAUGUAUUGCUACAAAAGAAGAAAAAAGCCUGCGACCUUUCACAUCAAUGGGAGAAAGAGGUGGCAAUUUUUAUUGGAAUGAAGAAGCUUGCUUCCUUAGCACUUGUUUGGUGCUCGCUGACCUAAGCACCAGUCCAUUAAGAGGCCAAAAUAUUGUGUGUAUAUAUAUAUUUUUUUUUU